CCCAGUUUAGGGGGACCUGAUUGCACUCCAAAAGCCCAUUACGGUGAGCGCCACCAUUUUCCUCUUUUUAGUUUUGCAGAGGGGAAGAAGAGAUUGAGAGAGAAAUGGAAGGAAGAAACAGAAUUCAUCUCAGAGAGAUGCAAUUAGGAGGAGGAGGAGGAGGAGGAGGAAGAUCAUCACAAAUCCCUCUCCAUCCAAUCGAAAACCCUCACCACCACCACCACCUCCACCUCCAACAACCAGAUUUCCACCCCCAUCAAGCCCUAAUUGAAGAACAACUCCACCACCAACACCGUGAAAUGCAAAACCUAUUAUUAGACAAUCAACGAUUAGCAGCAACACAUGUAGCACUCAAACAAGAAGUUUCAGCAUCCAAUGAAGAAAUCCGUCACAUCUCUACUGUUGCUUCUCAGGUGAAAGCAGAUAGAGACAUUGAAAUCAGAGAAUUACAUCAACAUUCAUUGAAAUUAGAAUCGGAGGUUUCAACAAUUGGGAAAUUUAGUGCUGAGUUAGCUCAAGCAAAGGUUGAUAUACAGAAAUUGAAUGCCAACAAAUUGGAGUUAACUUCCAAGUUGCAGACAAUUAAUGGUGAUCUAGUAAGGGUUCGUCAAGAACGAGAAGAAGCUAAAUCAAUUCAGUCUGACAUCGAUGCCAUGCGGAUUGAGGUUCAAAAGGGAAGGGCUGCUAUUGAGUUUGAGAAAAAGGCGCAUGCUGAAAACCUUGAACAUAAGCAAGUAUUGGAGAAAAACAUGAAUGAAUUGACUCAAGCAAUUGAGAAACUACGUUCCGAGCUUGCUGACGCAGAGAAGAGAGCUAAAGCCGCAAACACAGCUAGUGCUUCUGUCAUGGUUGCUCCAAACCCAGGUCCUGUAUAUGCUGGAAGCUAUGGAUAUCCUCAGAUGGGAUAUGUGGGAGUCGGGCCUUCAUAUGUCGAUCCUUAUAACAUGCAUCAGAUGAAUUGUAGUUACUGCCUGGAUUUUAGGUUAACCUUUUAGGAGGAGACAUGUGCACAGGUGGAACCCAAUUUUGAUGCCCGGUUUCAGUAUGGAUCAGAAGCAAUUGCAUAUGCCCCAUAUGGCGUACAACAGAGUCAAGUGUAUAGAUGAGUCCUGUUAGACAUUGACAUUUACCAAGAAAAAAACAAACAACAACGUUAGACACUGAAACACCAGGAGUCAACAUGUAAUAUGUUUCUUAACCUAAAGAUUCCUAUUCAUGCCUUGCACAAUAUGAGAGAACUUAGAUUUUUUUUUCCCAGGUUGCCCCAGAAAACAGAGUUUUCUUAUCCUCUCCCGGGUGUUUCAAAUGUUAUAACUUAUAAUGUUAUCAUAUAGAUUCAGCCAUCGGACGGACGGCUCAAUCCGAGUCAGUUCCAAAUGAGACUGAAUCUGCAGAUUAGCAUUGUAUUUGUAACUGAGACUCUGAUCUUGGUGCUUUUGCACUGUAAGAUUUGGAAAAUGUUGGUUUUACUUUUGGCUUGA